UUGGGUGUUACAUGACUGGUAGAUGAGCUGUUUUUCGUUUAGUUUCGGUUUUGUCUUCUUCUUCUUCAUCGGGGUUUCCACAUGCGGCUGUAAGAAGCGUCCUCACUCACACUGUCUUUAUUCCCCGUGCUUUUCUUUUUUCUUUUCAUUUUUUGGUGCUGUUUGUUGUUGUUUUUCUUUCCAGUCCCACCUCCCCGAUGAGCUGAACUUUGCUCUGAUCGGCUGCAUGUUGUUGUUUUUAUUGGAUGCGGAAGCCUGAAGCGAGCUGCGUCUCCGGAGCUGCUGGAAACGAAACUUUGAAGUAUGUUCAACUUUUGACGCCGAUUUCAAGACCGAGGGAUGGACGGUGAGAGAGGUGAUGGAGGAGGAGGAGGAGGAGGAGAACUGGAGGUGGAGGAUGAGUUUGCGUGCGCUGGGAUGCUGCGGGGAUCUCUGAACUCUCUUCACGGCACCGUGGAGCGGAUAUUCAGGGUGACGUUCGGGAUCGGGACGGACGACCCGUCUCACGUCAACAACGGGCAGAUAUGGCUGAAACUGCGAGGGCCGGGCGACGACGUGAGGGCCGCCAAGUUAUUUGUGAAAGGACUGGUGAACCAGGAGGAGCAGCAGGAGGUUUCUUAUCCCGAGGUCCUUCACUGCAUCUUCUGUGGAGCCAGAGGGCUGUUCAUGGACUGCCUGACCAAAAACACCUCUGCACAUAUCGUGGUUGGCUCUACAGGAUUCCUGCUUAUAUCAGGUCUCGAGGAGCCGGUGGUUCAAGCCUACUCCCUUAUAACAGACCUGGUGGAGCGGUACGAGGGCACACAGUCCAGGCGCUCUGAGGCCGGAGACAGGGGCCCCGGGGAGUCUCUGGAUUCGCGCCGGGCCUUCAAAACUCUGGUGGAGAAAUGGGAGGACAAGCACAUCCUGGAUCUUCUGGUGCUGCCAGGGUCGGUGAAGGAAAUCCUGCUGGAUUUGGUGAGAGAAUCUGGGCUUGGAUCGAGCCCCGUCCCGGCUCUGAUGGACGGGAACGCCGGGGCGAGAUCGUAUGAGGAGUUGGAGGAUAGAUGGGACAAACCGUUCGCCAUUACGUACGCAUUUCCUGAGCCUUCUAGGACUACAGAUCGGUGGGUUGAAGGUUUGAUGGAAAGCUCGGGGAAAGACUCUGCAGCCAAGGACUCCUUAGUCCAGUUUGUGUCCGGGGACAACCGAGGGAGGGCAGAGGGCGCCGAGGAAGGACUCAUAAGUUCUCCUCAGGAUGUGGGAGAGGAGCACCUGGAGUUAGGUGCCAAGAUGAAAGAGGAACGAGGAGAGGACGACAAACAGGAGCAGCAGUUGUCAGUCGGAAACAAGGAGUUUUGGCUCCUCAUGAAGUUCUUCACAGCCAUGGGGUACACGGAGGACGUCGUGAAGCGAGUCAUCGCCCGAACCGGACUCACAGAGGCCUCGCAGAUCCUGGACGUGGUUCAGCAGGAGCAGGAUCGCAAUGACCGCGAGCAGGCGAAGAAGAGUCAAGACGCCGUUGCCUCCAAUCAAAGCGAGAGGAACCGACCUUGCGAGACGGAGCACAGAGAAGAAGAAGAAGAAGAAGAAGAAAUGGAAGUAGCGGGGGGAGAUGAGUUGAUGGGUGGUAACGGAGACGUGGGAGAGGGAGCAACGGGAGGUGGGAGGACCCUCGAAGAGAGAGGUGGUGCAGAGGAUAAAGAGGACGGACACGAAGAAGACUUCGUCCUCAGGGUGGUGAAGAAAGCUGCAGCCAGCUGCGGGUACAUGGAGCAGAAUGUGGCCAAGGUCUACAGCAUGCUGCCCGACGGAUCCAGCCACCAGCUGCUCCUGGAGCUGCAGAGACAGGGGAGCAAGGAGACGGAGGCCCUCAGGGAGGAGCCGAGAGAGAUGGACGACGUGGUGCCGGAGAAAGAGCGACCAAAAGUUGGACCAAGAGAAGUUGAGCUUUUCGUACCAGUAGAAAAGAGAAAAUCUGACGGUAAAGGACGUCUAGAGGAGCUAAAUCGGACGGUAUCUGAGUUUUUUAAGCACCAUAUACUCACAGAAUCACAAACUCCCCACCAAGUUCCUGAAGUCAAAGGGCCACCCAUGUCUACUUAUCCCUCAUCCAACAAACAACCUGGACAAACCAACUACUGGACUAAUCCGUCCACCUCGAAACAAAACCAAGAAAACGUCUUCAACCCCAUACCCAAGUCUCCUUCUGUCUUUAAACAAACCAUCCACCAUCCACCAUCCACCAUCUUCACUAGGAACGACUCGUCUCCCCCCAGAGCGAGGGAAAGGCGGGGCUUCACGACCGCCUCUUCGGUGGUGGUGACGGGGGAACAGCGUUUCCUGGAAGGCCUGCAGAUGCCCUUUGACCUCCAGCUCACGGACAAACCGGGCAACCCGAAAGUACGGACGAUCAUCAUUGACGGGAGCAACGUGGCCAUGAGUCACGGUUUGGGUCACUUCUUCUCCUGUCGAGGAAUCGCUCUGGCCGUCCAGCACUUUUGGGACCGAGGCCAUCGUCACAUCAGCGCCCUCCUUCCCCAGUGGAGACAGAAGAGCGACCCCAGGAUCAAAGAGCAGCACUAUCUGACUGAGCUGCAGAAACUGGGCCUGGUCUCCUUCACCCCCUCCAGAGAGGUGCAGGGCAAGAGGAUCAGCUCGUACGACGACAGAUUAAUGCUGCAACUCGCGCAGAAGACAGACGGAGUGAUCGUAACUAACGACAACCUGAGAGACCUUUCAGACGAGUCCCUUGUGUGGAGGGACAUCAUCAAAAAGAGACUCCUUCAGUACACGUUUGUCGGGGAUCACUUCAUGGUGCCGGACGACCCUCUGGGCAGAGGAGGGCCUCACCUGGACGAUUUCCUGCGCUCAGAGCACAGGACUCCGGAUCCAGGAAACCACUCCUUCGCCGGCGUAGCCACCAGUUUCCCCUCCUCCAAACCUCCGCGCUCCCAGACGGAGCUCCUGAACUUCCGCGACCGAAUGCUGAACGGAGCAGGGGGCGGAGACAGCCGGGGUAAAGGUAGAGGACAGGGAAAAGGGUGGGGCCCGGGAAACCGGCUCGGAGGUUCGAUGCCGGGGUCCGGUGAAGCAAACAGGAGCCCGGAGGAAACGGCCAGCCUGAGAGCGCAGCUGUGUCAGGUGUUCCCGGAUCAGGACAACAUGGUGGCGCUGGUGCUCCAGUGCCAUCCGGCAGAGACGGACAUGAAUGUGCUGUCUGAUCUGAUCUUGGAGCAGUAGAAGGGCUUGAUAUGUUUUAGUCUUAAUAUUUUAUCUGGGGAAAUUCAGACUUUUCUUACGCUGAAGUUUGCCCUUGUGUUUUUUAAAGGGAUACAAUUGUGUUUACCAGCAAAGAAAAGUCACAAUCAUUGUUCUGCUCAAGAAAGGAUUACACGAAAAAUACCAAUUUAUCAGAGGAGUGGUUGAACUUCCUGUUCACAGUCCAACAUGUUCCGCAUUCAAAUAUAUGUUUUUGUGUCAUGCAUUCCCUCCCACGUAAGCUGUUUCUCUGCAAAUUUUCUAAGUUAUUUUAGACCUAUUAAGCAGCGUUGAACUAGUUUUCCCUAACGCUUCCAUAAAAAUGUAUCAUGGAAAAUAAAUGAGUGGGGUUUUAUCCCUUUAAUCAGUUGUUCACUGACGAAACAAUGGAUCAGGGAUACAAUAUAAUGUAAAUAUCUGACCAAGUAUUCAUGUUCCCCAGAGGAUGACUUUUUACUCUCUCAGGACUUUGAUUUAUGAUCAAAUACCCGCAAAACUGAUUACAUUCCCAUCAGCCUUAGUUGUGCUUUGUGUCAAAUGCUAGCAUGCUAACAAGCUAAGCUAACAUUUGAGCAUGGUAAACCUGCUAAACAUCAGGAUGUUACCAUGCUGACGCCUAUCAAACAUCCUCCUCAGGGUCGAUUAAUACUUUGUAGUGUUUCUCAUCAUGCAACAGUGUUAGAGGGGAAUUAAUUCUCUCUCUUGUUGUUGUUUUUUUUGUGAGAACCAGCACCUCCUCUAUUGUUUGCUCUUCAAGCAACUAGGGUUGAGAAUUUUUUUCAUAAGAGAGCAUUUCUAUCUUUUAAAGAAAGUCGUUUUCUGGAACAAUAAAUAAAAAACAUUGUAUCUGUCAAUAUUCUGAAUUAAUUAUAUAACCUGCUGAGCUUAACAUUGUAUAGCUAUCUGUUUAUAAAAAAAAGGCACUGAGUAUAAUUGCUGUAUUAGUUGUGGGGGUGGAUGUCAUUUUGCAACGCUACAGUAAUACUAAACCAAUCCUUACAAUAUCAUGUACACUUAUUUUAAUAUUUAACUUAUUUAAAAAGGUCUGAUGUUGUCAUGAUCAUAGUUUAUAUCAUGCAGAGUGUGUCUGGAUGAGGAGUCUGUGCUUCAGGAGGGGAAAUCAAACAAAAAGAUGAUAUCUAUAUAUGUAAGAUGAUAUACAUAUUUUAUCCAUAUAACCCUUGUGACCGAAGAUCAGAUCCUCCAUCCAGCCACUCGAAGGCCACUUUUAAACACAGUUCACCAACUGUGAGAUAGAAUCAUCUUAUUUGUGUUGUUUAUAUUUGUACAUUUAAAGAGGUUGAUGCUGAUUUCUGCCUAUGUUUUCUGCUGCAUUCAAAAAAGUGUCUUGUAAAAAGUGUCUUAAAGUGUUUCCAUGGUA